AUGAUGGAGACUUUAACCAAUAUGACCACCAUAACUGAAUUCUUGCUCAUGGGAUUCCCAGAUGACCAAGUACUGCAGAGACUGUGUGUCACCCUCUUCUUCCUUAUUUACUUGGUUGCAUUGAUAGGGAACCUUCUCAUCAUCGCCCUCACCUCCAUAGACCAGCGUCUCCAGUCCCCCAUGUACUUUUUCUUGAAGAACUUAUCCUUGAUUGACAUCUGCUAUAUCUCAGUCACUGUCCCUAAAUUUAUUAUAAACUCUCUAUCAAAUACUCAUUCAAUUUCCUUUGGGGGAUGUGUCUUACAAGUCUUCCUUGUUAUAUUUUUGGCGGGUACUGAGUUUGCCCUUCUCCUAGUGAUGUCCUAUGACCGCUUUGCUGCCAUUUGUCAUCCCCUGCACUAUGAGGUCACCAUGAACAGAGGCACCUGUAUGCAAAUGCUGAAGGCUGCAUGGCUCAGUGGGUGUCUAUAUGGAUCCCUUCAUACUGCAGGUACUUUCUCUGCCCACUUCUGUGGUCCCAAUAUAGUGCAUCAGUUUUUUUGUGAUAUUCCUUCAUUACUUAUGCUUUCUUGUCCUGGGGAGCAAAUUCUAGAAUAUAUAUUCAUCAUUGUUAGCUGUUUCUUUGCUUUCAUAUGCUUUGUUUUAAUGAUUGUUUCCUAUAUCCACAUUUUUGCCAUCAUUCUAAGAAUUCCUUCUGCCCAAGGCAGACUCAAAACCUUCUCCACCUGCAUGCCCCAUCUCACUGUGGUAACCUUGUUUCUUUCUUCUGGGUUUAUUUCAUAUUUAGGUUCAACAUCUCCAUCUUCAUCAUCACUGAACCUCUUCAUUUCUGUCUUCUAUUCUUUGUUACCUCCCAGCCUGAAUCCUGUCAUUUACAGUCUGAGAAACCGAGACAUGAAAGUGGCUCUGGGCAAUAUUUUGGGGGGAAAAUGUAUAGCAAAUAAAUGA